ACUUUUUCCCGCAUAUCUCUGCUUAAAAUUUUAAAAAAUGCUUUCUUAUUUUUCGUUUGAGUGGGUAAAAUAACCACGGAAUGAAUUGUAGGAUUUUGUAACCGGUUUAAUUGUGUGGACCACGUGAACUUAACUGGAACAGAUAACGAUAAGAGGGCAGAGAAACACGUGAUAAGUCUUCCUUCGAAUUCACUUCCCGUAAUUAUUAAGGGAAGUGAGUUUGACCGUCUUCCUUACUGCAAACAUUUUAAAAGGUCAAACUUCAAUUAUUUUAAGCUCGAACAUUUAAUUGUAACGUUGACCUUUUAAAUGAAUGAUUCGAAAUUCGCUUAAGUAUGCGAUUCGUGCCAAUUUCUUUGCUGUUUUUGCACGUGGAGCUGGGGUCGCGACCUUUUGCGUGGUUUUACAGCUGCAGAAAUUUUGUUUUUUUCCCUCUGCAUUUAAAUUUUAAAUCUUCAGACUUUAAAGUCGUUUUGUUUUGUUGUUACAUAAAAAAGGAUGUCAGUUGUGAAACUGGAGGAAAAUAUUGCUUCCUGUUGUUUAUUGUGUGAUAACGUGUAUUUAUAUUGAAUAAAUGAGGAAAGUCAAAUAAUUUAGGUAUAAUCGUAUUCGAGAAUCUCUGUCUUUUUCUUAUGUUAUGAACGUGUUUAAUGUAAGUUAAAUUGUGUAUAUUCCACUUGUUGGUAGAACUACUAUUUGAUUAACUUUUUUAUAUAGUUCAUAACUUAAAUUUAUUAUAUUUGAAAUCAUAUUUUAGAAUUUUCUACCAGUCUUACAAUUUUUUAUUGGAAAAUGUAUCAAUUGGGUUAAUGGUGUAUUACGAAAGAACUCGUCAAAUAACUUUAAAAAAAUUUGUUUUAGGGAAGAAGUAAUUCGGAGCUAAUUAUUUUAAUAGAGCUUGGUUAAACUAAAUUUGUUGCUAGACGUUGUGGAGAAUUUAUAAAUAUUUCAAAUAGGAUUUUUAACAUACAUAAAGAACAUAUUGAAAAAUGAGAUCGGAAGCCAAUUUAGCUCGUUGGUAUUUUGGAGGUCUGGCCGGUGCCGGUGCUGCUUGUUGUACACAUCCACUUGAUCUUUUGAAGGUUCAUUUGCAAACACAACAAGAAGGAAAAAUAAGUAUUGUUAGAAGCACAAUUAAUAUUAUUAAACACCAAGGAAUUUUAGCUUUAUAUAAUGGACUUUCAGCUUCUGUUUUAAGACAGUUGACGUAUUCCACUACCAGAUUUGGAAUAUACGAAGUAGUCAAGCAAAAGAUAACUGUUCCGGGAGAACCUCUACCUUUUUACAAAAAAAUACUUUUGGCGUCCGUUGGCGGAGCUGCUGGCGGUUUCGUCGGCACUCCCGCCGACAUGAUUAAUGUCAGGAUGCAGAAUGAUAUUAAAAUUCCAGUUGAAAAGCGACGAAACUAUAAACAUGCAAUAGAUGGUCUUUAUCAAGUGUACAAAAAUGAAGGGGUACCUCGUUUGUUCUCUGGAGCAACCACAGCAACUUCCAGAGCCAUUCUUAUGACCAUCGGACAAAUAUCCAUGUACGAACAAAUCAAACAAUUGCUUAUGCAAAGUGGAUAUUUUACAGAUAAUCUCUUGACUCAUUUCACGGCAAGUUUAUCCGCCGCAAGCAUAGCCACCACGAUGACUCAACCAUUAGAUGUCUUAAAGACAAGAAUGAUGAAUGCUAAACCAGGAGAAUACAAGGUAAAUGAAACUAAAUUUUUAUAUUAAAUUUUACA